AUAUUAAAUAAUUAAAAAUAACUAAUAAAGUUAAGAAAACGCAAUAGAAAGAUGCAUAUAAUUCAAUUAAUCAAUGACUAUCGUAAUUAUAAAAAUAAGGACAAAAUGUACAAAAUUAAAUAUGUAAACAACAUUAUACAAGAUUUGGAAAACUAUGGACCAGCUAGUUUAAUACACAUUGCUAUUCUGAGUAACAUACUUAAAAGACGCAUUAAUAUAUGGAAUGCUAAUGGUAAUUUAAAUAAGAUCAUCGGAAGAAAAAAAUUGGGACCAUCUAUAGAUAUUGAAUAUCACGCAAACAAUUCUGAACAAAUUGGUCACUGGACCCUAAGAGGUAGCAAAGAUCCCGAAAACGUCACUGUUGAUUUAAACAGCUGCCUUUUUUCGGUGAUCGGUUCUCAAAUCGGGCAAGAUCCAUUAAAACUUCGUAAGUGGACUGUGUUAAAACUAAAGGACAAUUUUCACAAUUUGGCCAAAUGGUUAGACAAAAUUCCGAUGGGUAAUGCAGGAAUAUUCCUUAUGAUUGGCGGUGUAAAUGGACACGGACCUAAAAGAUCGAGAAAAAGUCGCGAAGAAGAAGGGUACUCAAGAAGAUACCCAGCACACAGUCAGGAAGAAGACGCUACACAGCUUCUGGAAGAUUCAGAGAACAUAGAAGGCGAAGGCAAAGGUGAUGGUGAGGAAGAUCCAAUUGAUCUAAUAGGUCAUUCUAGAGAGAAGCAUGUUGUAGGAGGAAGAAAUGGAGGUGUCGCAACUUAUACUAGGAUAAAUAAAUGUGUGCCAACAUAUGCUUUUCUGAAAAAAGAAGACCAAGACUAUGCCCUUCAUAGGGCAUUGCUAUCAAAAUCGGGUCAAAAAGCACUACAUGAACUUGACAAUUUCAUUACAACAGAUGCAGAAAUACCUGUUUCAGAAUUAAAAGAACAAAAUGUCCCAUUUCCUAAAGGAAGCUAUUGGCAUGCGGGAAACGUAGUACGUAAUUCAGUAGAAAUCGAUAGUGUCUUAUUAAAAUUAAGACAUCAUAUAAAUAAACGAAAAGAAGAAAAUGCAGAACCUCAUAUAGUUUUUAUUUACCCAUAUUUUAAAUUGAGCAAACCAAUAAAAUGUUCAGAAGAAUAUCUUCAUUAUCGUAAUUAUAUACACAGUCUAACUCGUCAAAAAACUGUCCUUUCAUCUACAUUUCAAAAACUUAAAGACAUUCUCACAGAAGAUGGAUACUCAAAAAGAUACCCAUCAUCCAACACGAUUGAUAACGCUAGACAGAUUCUGGAAAAUUCAGAGGGCAAACACUGCGUAGAUGAUCCUAAGAAGCGGCAAAUCUUAGAUUUUAGAAAAGGCCAUGCUAGAAGCAGGCAUGUCGUAGAAAGAAGCAAUGGUGUCGAUGGUGUUAAAGCUUAUACUAGGAAAAAUAUAUGUGAAGAAAAAACUGCUUUUCAAACAGAAAAACAUCAAAACUAUGUCCUUCAUAGAGCAUUGCUAUCAGCAGAUGGUCAAGUGGCACUAGUUCUUCUUAACAAAAGAUUCUAUUCAGAAAUCGAUGUACCAGCUUCAAAAUUAUCUGAAAGAGGUAUCCCAUUUCCUAAAGGAAGCUUAUGGCAUAAUGGAAAAAGACUACGCAAUGAAAUAGAAAUCACAAUGGUCCAUAUAUGUUUAGGACAUCAUAUGGGUAGAGAUAAGGAAAAUAGUGCAGAGCCUUUUGUACUAAGUAUGUUCCCAAUAUUGAAACCUAAAACAAAAAAAGGUUCAAGUGACACAGGUGAAAAACAAAAAGAAUCAAAAAGAGCUCAAGCUGCUCCUAAAACUGCCUCUGCAACUACAUCUAAACCUGCUUCCAAAACUCCUCUUAAAACUGUUUCUAAAACUGCUCGUAAAACUACGUCUCCAACUACAUCUAAACCUGCUUCUACAACUUCUCCUAAAACUGCUCUUAAAACGGCUACUGGAACGAUUCGUAAAACUAGCAAUGUAACUACUGCUAAAACUGUUCAUAAAAUUACUCCUACAACUUCUCGUAAACCUACUUCCAAAAUUACUCGUAAAACUGCUCUUUAAAUUACUCCAAAAACUAUUUUUUAAACUGCUCUUAAAACAUUAGAAAUAAGGAGAAGUUCUAACUGUGGAACUUCGAAUGGGGAACGGGUUGCAAGGGAGGUACUUGUAAGUGCGGGGGCAUGAUAUCACGCGGCAACUGUCAAAAUACACAUACAUAUAAAAAUAUAUACGUAAUAAAUAAAAAAUAUAAGGUAUUUAAAUAAAUAUAAAAUUACAUUGGCAUUUUUUUUACAAGCUUGAUGUGUCAUAGUCAAACAGGUACUAACGAUAAAAAACAGACCGCAUAAUGUUGUACAAUAAUACUUGAUUUAUCAAUAAAAAAUCAUUAUAAAAAAAUAAUAUGGGUCAGAAGUAAGAUGAGAAGACACAUAUGAAAAGCAUUUUUACUCCCGACUGCUGCCAAUCGAAGGUUGGCAAAAAGAGAGGGAGUAUGCGUUUCACUUUUCUAAUCUUUGUUACCUUAGUUCUCAGUUAUUACAUCAUGGAUUGAAAUAAACUUUUGCACGUUAGUUUCUUAUUAUUAUUCUUACAAUCUUAUUUCUAGCCUUACCUCUAUAACCACCGCCACAACACAAAUGAACGCACAAAAAGACGUCGAGUAUAAAUCGUUUAAUAAUGAAUAUAAUAUAUUGAUUAUAAAGCUGAUUAAUUAUAAAAUAUAAAAAAAUAAAAUGUAUUAAUAAAACAAGCAAUAAAAUUGGGAACAACUGAGUGAGAGAAAAGAUCACAUCAUUUUGUCACCAAGAGAAUAAUAAAGGAAACUAAUUACAAAA